AUGGAGGAACAGAACGACGCCGGCGCCGGAGAGAGUAGUUUGUUCGAUGGAUCAGCUCACUGGUGGUGGGCAAUCGGAAGCGGAGUCCAAAUCGGAUGGGGAGUGAGAUCUAUACGGAGAGGUUACGCCGGCGACAUGCGGCUAAUGCCACUUAAAGCCUUCGGAGUCGCAUCACUCUUCGUCGGAGCUAUAGCCACCACCUCCGUCGCGUUUCUCAGCGCCACGGGGAUCCACACGGUGCAAGAUGCGAUUGAUUUAGGUGCUAAUAUAAGAACGAUUAUAGGGAAUCCUUCUCAAUUACCGGAAAAGCAAAUCAUCACCGGUUCUUCUACUGUUCUAGUGUUUGGUCUUGUUCGAAUAUGA